UUUUAGUAGAAAAUCAAAUUUUCAGAAGAGGAAAAAUCAAAUUUCUUGAGAAGAGGAAAAGGAGUUAGUUACCUGGGAUCUACAAUUUGGAUUUAACAGGAACUGCUCCUUAACAGCACCCGCCAUUUCAUUUCAAAGCGUUUAGUGCUGCUGUGUGUAAAUUCUCUACUAUGGCGUCGGCUUCGCAGGGUUUCUCUCCUUUUCAAAGGUUUUGGGCGUUAUUUCAGGGAGGGAUGAGGCUGCCGGUUGAUCCCUCGGCUCAUACUAUCAAGUCCCAUGGAGCCGCACUUGCAAGAAAUCACGUUCGUGAUUGGCUUAUUUUGUUGCUUCUUAUAGUGAUAGAGGUUGUCCUUUUUGUCAUCAAACCAUUUUAUCGCUUUGUGGGAAGGGAUAUGAUGGAAGACCUUAAAUAUCCUAUGAAAGAAAACACGGUGCCAGUUUGGGCUGUUCCUUUAUAUGCGGUUCUGUUGCCAAUGGCUGUUUUCCUUCUAUUUUAUAUGCGCAGGAGAGAUGUAUACGAUUUACAUCACAGUGUUUUAGGCUUGUUAUUUGCAGCUCUGAUCACUGGGGUCUUAACCGAUGCUAUAAAAAAUGCAGUUGGCCGGCCUCGGCCAGACUUCUUUUGGCGUUGCUUUCCCGAUGGAGUGGAGAAUUAUGAUAAAUGGGGAGAUGUGGUAUGUCAUGGCAAGGAGAGCGAUAUAAAAGAAGGACACAAAAGUUUCCCAAGCGGUCAUACAUCAUGGUCCUUUGCAGGUCUAGGUUUUCUUUCUCUGUACCUGUCGGGAAAGAUUAAAGCUUUUGAUCAAAAAGGGCACAUAGCAAAAUUGUGCAUUGUUUUUCUUCCUCUUCUUACUGCUUGCAUGGUUGGAAUCUCACGAGUGGAUGACUAUUGGCAUCAUUGGCAAGAUGUGUUUGCAGGAGGACUUCUGGGGUUAGUUGUGGCAACCUUUUGCUAUAUGCAGUUCUUCCCUGCUCCCUAUAGUAAUGAAGGAUGGGGUCCAUAUGCAUAUUUCCGAGCAAUGGAGGAAUCACGAGGCAACAAUGGAAACACGGACAGGGAGUCGCCGGUUGUGCAGGCGAUGGAGGAAGGUGUUACGAAUCAAGAACCAAGGAGAAAUGGUGAUACCUUUACACCUUACCCUUUUCGUAGCCCAACCUUGGAAGCCAUGGAAAUGGAACACAAGUAAUCUUAUAGCAGUCAUCUCUUCCCCUAAUCUUCUCCCUCUGCUUCCUUACUUUUGUGUAUACUUCCAACUUUAGAAUUAGCAACUUGUCAAGUUUCUGUUUUUCAUGCAUUAUUAUUAUUAUUAUUUGCACUGCCACUGUAAAGAUGAAAAAUGGCGGCUGCUUUCCGCUGAAUAAAAUCAUGUUAUUACAUGUU